GCCGCGCUACCGGUCCCGGACUGGGAGCGAGGAGGCGCGGGCUGCGGGGGCCGAGCCGCCCCGGCGCAGCAGCCAAGCCGCGCCCGGAGGAGCUCUUGGAAGGGCUCCCGCCUGCAGCUGGGGAAUCCGCUGGCGGGGAGAAUCCGUGCCAGGGAAUCCAGCUCUCCGGACUCAAGCUGCAAACAAAAAGCUCAGGUCUUGCUCCCUCCCUCCACGCCCCCCCCGCCCCCGACGCGCACCCGGAGAAAGUUCUGCAAAAAUGCAACAAGUAGCACCCGGAGCUCGCGGAGCGCCCUGCGCCUCCUGACUUGGCCAGGCAAAGCCCGCCUGCAGAGACCCGGGCCAGCCACCGGACAAAGGGCGGAGGAGGGGCUGGACGGCGCUGCGAAGUCCGAAAGAGGCCAUUUAGCGACUCUGGCCAGGCCAAGGGGAAUGCAGAGGAGACACAGAGCCGGCGGGCCAAGAGGACGAUCCGGCCGCAGAACGCAGGGCGGGCGGCGAUGGAGGCUGCCCGCGCCUUGCGCUUCCUGCUCGUGGUGUGCGGCUGCCUUGCGCUCCCGCCGCGGGCCCAGCCGGUGUGUCCGGAGCGCUGCGACUGCCAGCACCCCCAGCACCUCCUGUGCACCAACAGGGGGCUCCGCGCCGUGCCCAAGACCAGCUCGCUGCCGAGCCCGCAGGACGUGGUCACCUACAGCCUCGGCGGCAACUUCAUAACCAACAUCACGGCCUUCGACUUCCACCGCCUGGGGCAGCUCAGACGGCUGGACCUGCAGUACAACCAGAUCCGUUCUCUGCACCCCAAGACCUUCGAGAAGCUCUCGCGGCUGGAGGAGCUCUACCUGGGCAACAACCUCCUGCAGGCGCUCGCCCCGGGCACGCUGGCGCCGCUGCGCAAGCUGCGCAUCCUCUACGCCAACGGGAACGAGAUCAGCCGCCUCAGCCGCGGCUCCUUCGAAGGACUGGAGAGUCUGGUCAAGCUGCGGCUGGACGGGAACGCCCUGGGGGUGCUGCCGGACGCCGUCUUUGCCCCCUUGGGUAACUUGCUCUACCUACAUCUGGAGUCCAACCGGAUCCGUUUUCUGGGCAAGAACGCCUUCGCCCAUCUGGGGAAGCUGCGCUUCCUCAACCUCUCUGCCAACGAGCUGCAGCCCUCCCUACGCCACGCGGCCACCUUCGCACCGCUGCGCUCCCUCUCCACCCUCAUCCUCUCGGCCAACAGUCUGCAGCACCUCGGGCCGCGCGUCUUCCAGCACCUGCCGCGCCUUGGCCUACUCUCGCUCAGGGGCAACCAGCUCACGCACCUCGCGCCCGAGGCUUUUUGGGGGUUGGAGGCCUUGCGCGAGCUGCGCCUGGAGGGCAAUCGGCUGAGCCAGCUGCCCGUGGCGCUGCUGGAGCCUCUGCACAGCCUGGAGGCGCUGGACCUGAGCGGCAAUGAGCUGUCCGCUCUGCACCCCACUAUCUUUGGCCACCUGGGCCGGCUGCGCGAGCUCAGCUUGCGCGACAAUGCGCUCAGUGCCCUCUCCGGGGACAUCUUCGCCUCCAGCCCAGCCCUCUAUCGGUUGGAUCUAGACGGCAACGGCUGGACCUGCGACUGCCGGCUGAGGGACCUAAAGCGCUGGAUGGGUGACUGGCACUCGCAGGGCCGGCUCCUCACCGUCUUCGUGCAGUGUCGCCACCCUCCGGCCCUGCGGGGCAAGUACCUGGAUUACCUGGAUGACCAGCAACUGCAGAACGGGUCUUGCACAGAUCCCUUACCCUCGGUUUCCCCGACUGCCGAGAGUAAGCGGCAUGCCCUACCCACAGCCCCGGGGAAGGAGGUGGCGCCCCCUGCAGGUGCCCUCGCGGAGGAGCCGCCACCGCAGCCACAGCCACAGCAACGGGGUCGAUUUCUGCCAGGGGUGGCCUGGGAUGGGGCCGCCAGGGAGCUUUUGAGUAACCGCAGCGCCCUAAGGCUGAGCCGGCGGGGCCCGGGCCUCCAGCAGCCGAGCUCCAACGCCGCUGCUGCCGCGGGCCCGGCGCCACACCCCCUGGACCUCCUCGAGAAGCCUGAGCGGGGACGUCCGACUCCGUCGGAUCCUACCCACACGGAGCCCACCCCGACGGCCACGCUGGGCUCUGCGCCAGCCGGCGACCCCUGGCAGCGCGCGGCGAAGCAGCACCUGGCUGCGCAGCAGCAGGAGAGCACCGCCCAGUCCGACGGCGGGGUCGGCCUGCCGCCGCUGGUAUCCGACCCGUGUGACUUCAACAAGUUCAUCCUGUGCAACCUGACCGUGGAAGCAGUGGGCGCCAACAGCGCCGCGGUGCGCUGGGCGGUGCGCGAGCACCGCAGUCCCCGGCCGCUGGGCGGCGCGCGCUUCCGCCUACUCUUCGACCGCUUUGGCCAGCAGCCUAAAUUCCACCGCUUCGUCUACCUGCCUGAGCGCAGCGACUCGGCCACGCUUCGCGAGCUGCGGGGAGACACCCCCUACCUGGUGUGCGUGGAGGGCGUGCUAGGCGGCCGGGUCUGCCCGGUGGCUCCCCGGGACCACUGCGCGGGGCUGGUCACCCUGCCGGAGCCUGGGAGCCGGAGCAGCGUCGACUACCAACUGCUGACCUUGGCCCUGCUGGCCGUCAACGCACUGCUGGUACUCCUGGCCUUGGCGGCCUGGGCGUCACGCUGGCUGCGUAGGAAGCUGCGUGCCAGGCGGAAGGGCGGGGCCCCCGUGCACGUUCGCCACAUGUACUCUACCCGACGGCCCCUGCGCUCCAUGGGCACCGGCGUGUCCGCCGACUUCUCUGGCUUCCAGUCGCACCGGCCGCGCACCACGGUGUGCGCGCUCAGCGAGGCUGACCUCAUCGAGUUCCCGUGCGACCGCUUCAUGGACAGCGGGGGCGGCGGCGCGGGCGGCAGCCUGAGGCGGGAAGACCAUCUCCUGCAGCGAUUUGCCGACUAGAGCCUGGCGAGCUUAACGUAGAGUUCCUGGCUACCUGCUUAUUAAUGAGUGCUGCAAGGCAGCUAUUCAACCUUUCCCACUGAGACACACAUGCCAGACUGUUCACUAUGACUCUGACACCCCAAGUUGACAUGAGCCUGAGCCCCAAUACUCUGGAGAUAGAUACUACCUGAAAGAAAAGAUGACAUCUAUGGAGGACCUUGGAAGAAUAACAGAACUGCUCUACCCUUUCUGCUCAUUUCCUGUCACAGGAGAUGUGAUUUUUCAGUGGUGGUCUCCCUUAUCAUUCACCUAUGGCUGCUAGAUCAGAAGAUUGACAUUAUCUAGAAAUCUAUGAAGUAAAAGGCGUCCAAGACCCAGUCCCUGGGGAUGGUGUGCCAAUAAGGGUACAAAAAAUAAGGGAAGUGAGAAUCUCUCAUCAGAACUCUGUUCAUUGUGUACAGAAGGUUCUAAAAAGAAUAGGAGUGUUUCUGAGUGUCCCUGACUGAACAUAAAUUCUAGUGCUUCUAUGGAAUUUUCUUAUUUCUUUGACAUCCAGCGAUAGGCUGGAUUAAAACCCUUGGCCCUAAAUGAGAAUCCAGCCUUCUGUGGGGUGAGGAAGGAGGCUGAGCUCUCUCUGCCUCGCUGCUUUCUCUCUCCAUCAUCUCCACUGACAUACUGCCUGGUAUGUCAGGCCACAUUUGGCUUGCCCUCAUGAGCAUUGUGACUGUAGCCCAGGGUUGUCUGAAUAACAUCUUUCUCUGUCAUAUUUUGAUAGUUCCCUACUGUUUUUCUAACACAGAUGAGGAAGGGUGAGCCUCUGAGGGGAAGUUACUCUUUCUUUCCUGAGAUGCUCAGGGAGGACGAAUAUGGGCCAGGGUAGGGUGAGGACCUGGCUGAAAUCUUGGCGAGAGCCUGCGAGGGGAUCCCACCUGGAAGCUGACAGAACACAAGGUCCUGGUCUAAGCUGUUCUGCAGGUGUAAGCAGUUGUCUCCCAGUUCCAGCUGAUCUGGCUUUAGUGGAUGAAAUGGCGUCUUUCCCUUAGGAACCUCCAUUCCUGAAAUUUCACUCAAGAGAUAUGCUGCUUGUGAUAACAGGGCGUCAGAGAAGACAGCUUUUUACACGAGUCCUUGGGUGACCUCCGACACAGGAGACAUACCAAGAGCAGGCUCCUGGGAGGACAAGAUCCCCUCCUUGUUUGUGGCGACCACUCGUGCCCCGCGGAGAGCAUGGAGACUGGUGUGGGGGGCCCGGCCCCCUGGCCUGGGAGCGUAUGGGGAAGAGCUGAUGUGGGCGGCAGGGCUGCCGACGCGGUUAUUUAUUAUUUCACUGAAUUACUGCUGAGUGACAAGGGCUCCUCGCGUCCUAGCGGGCUGGCAUCCGUGGAACAUAUUUUUAACAUGAAUCGCAAAAGAAAUAACAGAAAUAUGAAAUGGCUAAUUAGAGAGCCAUUUCACAAAGGUCCUGCCUGAUGACAAGUUUCUUGGUCAGUGCUGCCAUUUGCUAAUUUCCAAGUGGAGUGAAAUCAGAGUCCAUGAAUCCAGGACUGAAAGCUGGGGCUGGGGCUGGAUGAGGGCAGGAAAAGAAGACAGAAGGCUGAGCUAUUCAGUCUGUUUUCCCGCCUUCCUAAUGUAUUGGGUGAGUUCAUUUCAUUUUGGAAAGCUCUAUGGGGCACCUCAGUGUUUGGUGGGAGGUGUGGACUUAUAGUCACGUAGCAAGUGAUUCUAACCUACUCUGCUAUUUCUAAGACUAAACUAGUCCCCGCUUAAUGUAAAACUCGAUGCCCUUAGCUGAUUUGUCUCCCUCUUUCAUAUUAACCAUGCGUAAAAACUUGAGUGACUCUUUCCCUACAGUGCAGUGAAGUAUUACAGUAUUCGCUGGGAGAUCUUAAAAGCCUUCAAAGCAGGUAAUCAUGCCUCUGGGGUCACAUGAAUGAUGAAUACCCAAGUCUUUAUUAAUCUGUGUGCACGUAUACCUUUAGAAUUUAUAGCAAAGAUGAAAAAUGGUUGGAAAGUGUUUUCUCCAUUAUUUGACAGGCUAACACUUAAACAGCUCCUUUACUUGGAGGCUGGGCACAGGGAAGACAACACCCAGGUAGCUUCCACAAAAGAUCUUUUACGCAUUAGGAAUAUUAUGAAUUGCUGUACUGUUUGCCUUUGACCUACAUAAAGGGAGAAGAUCAGUCCCAGAAGUGGAAUGGAAGUACACACGAAACAGCAGAGAACACAAAGGGACUUGGGUUUCUCUUUCAUCUCGAUAUUUAUGGGAUAACAAGAUGACAACCUACGUCACGUUAGGAUUCUGUUUCCCUAAGCAUCAUGUACCUACCUUAGAAGCUCUGUAUUUCAGGUUGAAUUUCUGCCGUAAAUCCUGCUGCUUUGGAAUCCGUGCCCAUUGGGAAUCUCCAUGCAGGUCACCCCUUCUCAAGCAUCCCCUCCUCUGUGAAGCACACCAGGCAGAUUGUCAUGCCUCUUCCAGGGCUCCAGUGCUGGGCUCACCUCUGUUAUAUCACCUGUCAGCCUGUUCUCCUGCUACCUGCCCAUCCUCAUUGAUGAUGAUGGUGACCCUGAAGGCCUAAGCCUUGGUUUAUGAGGCAUGAAUAAGAUCUUGUGCAGAAUAGAUGUCAUUACCCCCAACCCAAAUUUCAUCAUACAGAGGACCACAGCCACCUGCACAUUCACCACGGAUGCCCCUCUAUUCGGAACAUGCACUGCACUUGAUUUCAUGGGACUGACAGUCUCCAAAGAGCAACUGCUCCAAUGACAUCACCCAGACCUUCCUCUUCUGUCUGCAGCGGGUGGCGGCUGCCCGGUUCCGUUCCAGAAAUUUCCGCCGCCUCUCGUCUGGAUCCUCAUCCACCACCCUUCGCCGGCGCCCCCCUGUGGGCUGAGGCGGCUGUAUUGUCUGGGUGGGCUGCAUCUGUUGUGUCGCUGGUGAAACCUGCUGGGAAAGAGAGGGAGGGGGUGAUGGGGAAAGAGAAGGAAUGGCUGAGUAAGGUGUUGAAAUGCAAAACACAGGGAGUGGCUUGUUUUAGUUAGCACAUUACACUUGUUUUCUAAGAAUGAAGUCAACAAUGAAAUCACGCUCGUGAAGAGGAAAAGCAUCACCCCUCUACCUUCUAUGAUAUUUUGGCAAGAUACAGGGAUGAUCUGCAAAAAGAGAGUCAAGUAGUUUUUUUUCCCCUGACUGGCAUUUGGCUGAAUCAUGAUAGAAGAAACAUUUUUUUUCUCCUCAGAUGUUAAAAAUGUUUUAUUUAAGGUGCCUUGUAAAACCUGAAAGCGCCAAUGCAUGGCAACACGUGAAAACAGAGGUCAGGGUGACUGUCACCCUACUGAUGAGUCUUCUGUCAUCUGCAGAAAACUCCUUCUGGGCAGGUUGUGAAUGCCUUUCAUACUAAUGGUGUCAAAACCAUGUUCCUAGAACACACCUCUGGGACAGCACUGCCACUGUGACUCCUAUCAAAAGAACCCCGUGAAGCCUGGAAAGCAGCUGAAAUCCUUUUGUCACAAUUUCACAGUUCUUACUGCAAAUGCCUAGCUGGACCUGCAAACUCCAAAUGGGCCUGUCUCCUCCUCAGAGCUUGACCAAGGCUGAGGGAGUUACAGGAGAUGGUGAGUGGGUGAAUUUCUAGGUGAUUGAGAAGCGGGGCCUUUGAAAGUCCAUCCUGACGCAGCACUGAGCCCUGUUAAUACACCGUGUCUGUUGACAGGGAGGGGUGGUUAUAUAUACUUACAUUAUAAGGAAAUCCUAGGAGUGGCAAAGCACUUUAUUAAAAAGUUUUACUAUGCUUAUAGAUUCCUUGUAAGGUCUGCAUGGGGCUCAACAACAUCUAAGGUUUUAGGGACUCCCACACAUAUAGCUUUAUUUCCCUUCAUACAGCAGACACUCAGCACCUAGUGAAAUUUCUAUGACUGACUGUUUAUGAGUCUGGACACCUAAUGCUUCCCUAAUGCACUUCACUCCUUCCCUUUUCUUCAUUCUCAAUAAAGGGUGGUGGUGUUUUUUUUCCCUCCCUCUCAUUGCUCAGUCACUCAGGCUAUGGCUGUAACACCUAUAAAGUUGUUUUACAAGAGGCAUUUAACCUGCAGAAAUAACAGGCGAAAAGCUUUAAAAAUGAAACCCAGCCACCUUUUCUACCACAUUCCAACCCUAUGAUUGAAAUCAAUCAGAACGACUAUAAUUGCACUAAUAAUGGCUCCUGGUUGACAUCAGCUGACUGAUGAUGAUAUAUUUUAAUCCUAAACUCUAUCAAACCCUACAUGACUAACUGUAAAAGAACCAGGCUCAGGACUGAGGUUAGAUUGCAUCUCAGUAAUUUUGUUUAAAGCAAAGACAUUUUCUAAAACUGUUUAUUGGCAAUUCCUUUCCUCCGAAUCACAGAGGAAUAACAAAAUAAAUUGUCUAAGAUCUUACUCACCAGAGCGGCUGAUGAAGAUGUAUUCCUUGUUACUGGCAAACGUUUAGCACUAGUCAUUUCAGAUGCAGUAACUUCUGAGCUAACCACCGCAAAGCAAAGCACUAGGGAAGAAGGUGCUAACC